CUGACAGCUGAGGCAUCAUGGUGGUGGCCCUGCAGGGAACCCGGGGAAGGAAGGAGGGUCGAAGUGUCGGGAAGGGACGUUGUAUGGGGAUGCAAUUUGCGGGGCGCUACGAUCAGCAGAGAGUACAAGUACUUUUUGGUGGCCCUUCCUGAAGAUCGGCUGUAAGUAUCCAUUGAUCAAGUGAUCACCAAUAUUACAAGUUCACAGGUUGAAACAAAUGCAGGGAUGACGUCUUCGGCGGCUCAACUUGGCAAGGCAUCGGGGUUCUACCUUAGCCUCAAGAGUUGUGAUCUCAACAAAGGGAACAAGCAUGGUGGGGGUUUACAGCAAAGCGGUGUGGUUCGCGGCAAUGUUCUCACUCCAGCAUCCUUCCUAGGGGGAAGAUCCACUCGUUUGUUCUUGAAGCCAGCUGUGGUUGCCCCGCACAGGUCCUGUUCAGCGCGGUGUGUAGCAGAUGCUCCCCCUAAGCGCACGAAGGAGGCACUUAGUUCAGCUAAGGAUGAAGUUUCCCAGACCUGGCAGUCGUCAGAGCCCGCUCUGCUGCCUCUUCCUGCAGUGGGCAUCCCAUCCUCUCUAAAAUUUCUCUGGUUCAACGGCGAUCAGAAGGACAGGUCAGCAGCUAACGUCCUCAACAGAGUGAGCAGCAUCACUGGUGAUCGUGUUAAGCACACCAAGUCCAGCAGGGUUUCCAUUGGGAGUUUCGAUGAGGUGGACCCAGGGUACUUGUCUGAUGACGAAGGUGUCUGCUGGGUGGACGGUGGUGAGGGCUUGUAUGGUUGCUCAGCGUCUUCGAUGAGCCCCUUUGAGACCCCACAGGUCACUUCAACCACUCCUGAGGAGUUGUAUGACGCUUCAGAGCAGCUCAAGAAGGGGGAGCUUCUGCCUCUCCCGCCAGCUCCCCAGAAGAACUCCUGGAUCCCCCAGCAUCUCAUGGGGCUGCAUACGAUGUGGCGAGGUCUGCGGGGCAGUCUGCGGCAAGGAUCCGUGGGAGCUGAAGAGGCUGUUGUGGAGGAGAAGGUUGAGCAGGAGAAGGAUGUCAAGAUUGAGCAGCCUCAGAAGAAGGCCAAUGUCUGGGCGAUGGCAGCGCUGCUGAACUGGCAGAAGGAGGAGGCGGACAAGGAGGAAGCUGCUAGGAAGGCUAAGGGGUGCGGUGAGUGUCCGCAGGGGGAGGAGGGGGAGGAUGUGUGCUGCUUGGACGGACAGCCCCCCCGGGGGGCGUUGGCAGAGGUUCCGCGGGUACAGGUGGCCCAUGACAAGGAGAGCUUUGCGCCCUUCCUGCAGAAGGCGAGUGUGCAGGAGCUCCGCACGGUUGCGCUGCUGAGCAAGAUGUGCGAUCUGGCGUACUACAUCCCACUGCUGUCGGACGGUGAUCUCUUCCGGCAGUACCGCCUGCGGCUGCACACCACCUCUCUGGAGGUCAAGGCGCACGCCACCCGACAGCAGCUCAAGGAAAUGGAGGCUGCCAAGGAGAGCGCGUCUGAGCGGGACCGCCAGGCCACUGCAAAACUGGCUGACGCUGUCCUAUCCUAUGUUGCAUCCACUCCUUCGACGGCAUAUGCCCUCGCAGCGGCUGCCGCCAACUCCGCCGUCUCUUACAUCCCCUCAUCCUUCCAGCCGUUUGGUGUGAAGAGCUCGGAGCCAGAAAAGCCGAGCGCAUCGCUGCUCGACAAUAGCAGCGAGAUGAACGCGAGCGAGAUCAUCAUUCAGCACGAUAGUCCGCACGCAGAGAUCUCUGGAGCGGGGGAGGACGAGCCGCCCUCCGUCUUGGACUUCUCAGAAACGAACGCGAUAAUUGGGGGGGCAACAGAGCAGGGCAAGGCUGAGUCAGCGCUGACAUCAGCAGACGAGUCAGCGUUGACGUCAGCUGCUGAGUCACCAGCAACAAUGGAGGGCGAGGCAGCAGCUGAGUCAGCAGAGACAGAGCCGGUGCCAAUGUGCCCCUGUGAGUGGUUCAUUGCUGACGACAUGAGCAGCCGGACUCGCUACUUCGUCAUCCAGGGUUCCGACUCGCUGGCCUCCUGGCAGACCAACUUCUCGUUCGAGCCCGUUCCCUUCGAAGACCCUGCGCUUGGGAUCAUGGUCCACCGCGGGAUCUACGACGCCGCCAAAGGGCUGUACGCACAGCUCCUACCUUUUGUGAAGCAGCACAUGAAGGACAACAACGGCCACACACCGCGCCUCCGGUUCGCGGGGCACUCCCUCGGGGGCAGCCUGGCAAUCAUGAUGUCAUUGAUGAUGCAGAUCAGGGGCGACAUUCCCAAGGACGCCGUUUUGCCCGUGCACACAUUCGGCGCCCCGAGCAUCAUGUGCGGCGGGGAUCACCUGCUGGGGGAGCUGGGGCUGGCCCUGAACCACGUGGUCAACGUCGUGAUGCACCGCGACAUCGUCCCGCGCGCGUUUGCGUGCGACUACCCUGACAGCGUGGUCGAGGUGCUGCGCAGGAUGGGCGGGGGGUUCAAGGACCAUGCGUGCCUCAAGAACCUGAAUCUGCUCUUCGCACCCAUGGGCGUCAUGAUGGUCCUCCAGCCGGACCAGGACCAAGCCCCGUACCACCCUCUGCUCCCCGCGGGGGGCGCGCUCUACCAGAUCCGCCACCCCCGGAUCAAGCCCCAGGAGAACAAGGAGCGCCGGCGCGAGAAGCUGACCGAAGUGCGCUCGGCGCAGCGCGCACUGCUCAAUACGCCUCAUCCGCUGGAGAUUCUGUCCGACCCGCGUGCGUAUGGCAAUGACGGGACGAUCAGCCGGGAUCAUGACCCGCGGAAUUACACCAAGGCGCUGAACGCGAUCCUGCGGCAGGAGAGCCGGCGGCAGCGUCGGAGGCUACGGGCGGAGCGGCGGGUGCAGGGGUGGGCGCCGCUGGUUGGAACUAGAGCAACGGAGAAAGAGGCGGGCGUUUCGGAAACGGUGCCGGUGCGGGGGGGCGUGGCGGGACUUGCGAUGGUGGGGAGUAAGAGGGGGGGAAAGUGGGAGCAGGAACGGGAGGUGGUGGAGUUGGGGAGGCAGAGGAGUGGGGGCGUGAGGAGCCAGACGCUGAGGGAGCGGUCGAGGCGGUACUUGGAUUUGCUGAAGGCGAAAGCGAUGCGGGUGGGGGCGGCGCAGUCCAGCUAACAUCCCGGCGGAAAAGUCAAGAUUGCUCGCACAUGUUUUUGUACAGGGUAGGAGAUCGGUGGGUUUGGCGCGGGAGAUGUCUAUCUCUCUGCUCAUAGAGGUAAUAUAGACUGCCCGGGGAGUGGCUGGUCUUGUCACCAUAGAAGGGGCACAUUGCCCCGGAUCAUCCGCAUGACAACAAGGAGCACCCCUGUUGUCCAAAAUGUAGAAUAUUGCAGACCUCCUCUGGUGACCUGAACGAUUUCUCACAGGCUGGGUUGGCCAUUCCAACCCCUAUAGAGGUUCUUGACAUUGUAGACACAUUGAAACUCCAAUGCUCGCUUAUCCAAUAGCUUGCAGAUAGUGUAGGACUUGAAGAUCUAGCAAUAGGAACAGUGUGCAGAUUCUUAUGAGCUUUGUGUUUACGUCGCGUCAGCUGUAGUGCAGUGUAUCAGCUUUGUAGAUACUCAAAUUGCUCGGCUGUAAAACUACCAUUAUAUCAACCGAAAAAGCACAUCUUCAUCCAGCUAGACUUUACCGUUAUGGCCCAAUUGUUUUGCGCAGCUCAUGCAAUGCCGAUCCCUG